AGGCUGUGACCCAGGGGCACGGGAUGGCCCCGCAGAGAUCUGUGCGGCUGUCCCUGAAGAAGCCCACCUAUGCCGUGUGUGUGGUGGGGGUUGAGACGUCUGUGGACGUUUACAGUGAUGUGCCCAAGGGGGCCAAGACCUUCGGAGUCUCUGGGAGCCCCGGAGUGGAGGUUUUCAUGGUCUACGACCCAGCUCGGGUGACGGUGCCCACAGGCAAGUCCCACUGGCCCCUGGACACCAACGUGGAGGUGACUGUUUCCGUGGAUGCAGCCAGUAAGGACUUAAAUGAUCUCAAGGUGAAGGUGUCCUACUUCGGGCAGCAUGAGGGCAGUGCCCUGGGCCACAGCAUGCUCUACCUCACUGGCGUCGACCUCUCCCUCGAUGUCGACACGCAUCGCACGGGCAAGGUGAAGAGGAGCCACGGCGACAAGAAAACCUGGCGCUGGGGCCCUGAGGGCUAUGGGGCUGUCCUGCUGGUGAACUGUGACCAGGACAGUGUCACAUCCAGAGGGCCUGACCUCACCAACAGCCAGCUAGCAUCACUGGACGACCUACAGGACAUGUCCCCCAUGGUACUGAGCUGUGACGGCCCAGACAGGCUCUUCGACAGCCACAAGCUGGUCCUGAAUGUGCCCUUCUUGGAUUCCAAAAGAGUGGGGGUCUUCUGUGCUAGGGGCGGGAAUUCUCUGGAGGACUACAAGCAGGUGCUGGGGCCUCAGCACCUGUCCUACGAAGUUGAGCGGCAGCAGGGGGAGCGGAAGAUCAGCUUCUUUGUGGAGGGACUCACCUUCCCUGACGCUGAUUUCUUGGGGCUGGUCUCCCUCAGUGUCAGCCUGGUGGACACGGAGACAAUGCCUGAGGUGCCCCUCUUCACAGACACCGUGGCCUUCCGCAUGGCCCCAUGGAUCAUGACCCCCAACACCCAGUCCCCCCUGGAGCUGUAUGCAUGCAGUGUGGCAGACUCUCACGGCCCAAAUAAGAAAUUUCUGGAAGACAUGUCUGACCUAGCGUUGAAAACCAACUGCAAGCUGAUCAUCUGCCCUCAGAUUGAAAAUCGAAAUGACCGCUGGAUCCAGGACGAGAUGGAGUUUGGCUACACCGAGGCCCCUCACAAGUCUUUCCCAGUGGUCUUUGACUCUCCCCGAAACAGAGGGCUGAAGCAUUUCCCCUAUAAGCGGAUCCUGGGUCCUGACUUCGGAUAUGUAACCCGGGAGAUCCCGUUUGCUGGCGCCUCCAGCCUUGACUCUUUCGGCAACCUGGAUGUCAGCCCGCCCGUCACAGUGGGCGGCAAGGAGUAUCCCCUGGGCCGGAUCCUCAUCGGCAGCAGCUUCCCCAAGUCCGGUGGGAGGCGAAUGGCCAAGGUCGUACGGGACUUCCUGCAGGCCCAGCAGGUGCAGGCACCUGUGGAGCUCUACUCCGAUUGGCUCUCUGUGGGCCACGUGGAUGAGUUCCUGAGCUUUGUGCCCACCUCUGACCAAAAGGGCUUCCGGCUGCUCCUGGCGAGCCCCAGCGCUUGCCUCAGACUAUUCCAAGAGAAGAAAGAGGAGGGGUAUGGGGAGGCCGCCCAGUUUGAUGGGUUAAGUCACCAGGUGAAGAGAAGCAUUAACGAGAUGCUAGCGGACCGUAGUCUCAGGAGGGACAGUCUCUAUGUACAGAAAUGCAUCGACUGGAACCGGGAGGUGCUGAAGCGGGAGCUGGGCCUGACCGAGCGGGACAUCGUGGACAUCCCCCAGCUCUUCUCCCUGAAGGGCUCCUAUGCAGAAGCCUUCUUCCCUGACAUGGUCAACAUGGUGGUCUUAGGCAAGUACCUGGGCAUCCCCAAGCCCUUCGGUCCCAUCAUCAAUGGCCACUGCUGCCUGGAGGAGAAGGUGCGGUCCCUGCUGGAGCCGCUGGGCCUCCACUGUAUCUUCAUCGACGACUAUUUGUCCUACCACAAGCUGCUUGGGGAGAUCCACUGUGGCACCAAUGUGCGCCGGAAGCCCUUCUCCUUCAAGUGGUGGCACAUGGUGCCCUGAGCCUGCCUCCACCUGCCAUCUCCUCUUCCCACCUGCCUGGGAGCCCCGCCAGGGUGAGGGCAAGGAACCUCCACCCGGCCUCCAU